ACAGCAGAUUGUCAUCUGACCUUUUUCAGAAGAUUUCCAUAAGUUCUGAAUGACCAACAUGUUAGGUGCAGAUAUACUUUAUACAGCUUACAUUUAUAGCAAUCAAUGAAGUAGUUUUGCUUAAUAAAUAUUUAUUACUUUAAAUAUUCAAAAUCUACACUACCAUUCAAAAGUUUGGGUUCAGUAAUAUAUAUGAAGAAUUAAGAUGCAAAAGCCGCUAAACGCCAUUUCCGUCAAAGAUGAAAUAAUGAUAUUGAGCGAAUGCUCUCCGCACAUAGAUACGUUCAUCAAAUACUUUCACUUAAAAUCCGCUAAAUCCCAGCGUCAGUCCAUUUAGAAAUGCCGCUAAACACCACUUCCCUUUGUCAGGAAAAGCCUCUAAAGCCCUGGUUAUACUUCGUUUUUUUUUACACGAAUGCUAGUGUACGCCACAGUCGAACGCACAGCCUUGGAACGUAUACUUCGUUUGACUCGUACACAUACACAUGCAGUUUUGAGUAAUCUCUCGCCACGAGUUACAACCCAUGUAAACAUAUUUGUAUUUUUUCAUGCUAGAGUUGUACAAAUAAGGGGACUUUCUAACCUCUUCACACAAUCUCUCAUCUAUGUAGGCCUCCAUUGUCGCUGUAGCUUGCAUGUGUUCCGUUCUGUUCUGUUUAUGCAGGUUUUCUUUGACUAUCUUGUGAAUCGACGCCCCCAGGGCAUGGUUGCCACCUUGUGGAUGAACUAAUUACUGCAAAAAAAAAUUUAAAUGCACAUGUGUGACCUGCGUGUACAAGUACGUGCGGUUGUGCACGUACUCUUCUAAAGACGAAAUUUGCGUCACGCGUAAAAAGUGAACUAUACUUGGCUUCAGUCCACAGAAGAAACAAUCAGAAGACACAAAUCAAAUCAUAUGAUUUCAAGAUGAAUGACCGUGUGUGUAUGAGCCGCUUUCAAUCGCCGAGCUGCAAGUGUUUAUCAUGUUUUGUCCAUCGUUACAGCGGCAAUGACAGGAUUUCACGAGUAGCAAGUGAACACAACAAUGUUCCUGUAAAACUGACAGAAACUGAAGUUUCUGGUCUUGUUGUCCAAAGAGGUGGACUUAGAGGUUUUUGCGAAAAAAAAAUUGUUAAGUGACUAAAGUGAUAUUUUUGAAAAUUAGGCAUUUUAAUAACUGACUAAUAAUCUUUUCAUGGCCAUUAAUGUGAACUGACUGAACCUAAAUGUAGGAGUCUGAUUUAAAAAAAAAAAAAAAAAAAUGCUAAUUUAAAAGAAAACAUGUCAGACGGACUUAGGGGUUUUUGCAGUGGAACUUUAUAUAUAUUUCAAAGAAUCCUGAAAAAAUGUAGCACAGUUUAAAAAAAUAAAAAAUAAAUAAGCAGAUUAAGAAAUGUUUUCAACAUUGCUAAUAAUCAUAAAAUGUUUCUUGAGCAGCAAAUCAUCAUAUUCGAAUGAUUUCUGAAGGAUCAUGUGACACUGAAGACUGGAGUAAUGAUGCUGAAAAUUCAGCUUUGAUCACAGGAAUAAAUUGCAUUGUAUAUUUCUACCAUAUUCCAAGCCUGAUAAAACCCACAACUUAUAUUCUCUAUAAUUGUAAUAAUAACUAAUUAUCAAACUUAAAACUAUAAUUGAUGAUAAUAAAAAAAAAAAAAAGCAUGUUAAGCUUUGUAACAGGUAAUGGAAACACUACUCCUACAAGUUUCUCAUGGUGAGGUCACUGUAUGUGGGUUCAUACUAAUAUCAUGCUGAUAAAUGGUUACAGUAAUCAUCCUCGUUCACCGGAAACUGUUACACGAGAUAUUAUUUUGAGGCUCAUGCCAACGCAAUGUUUACAGUAUGUUGUUUUGAUAUCAAUCUAAUCUAGACCACAUCUUUUUUUUUUUUUUUUGGUAGAACUAUCUUCUGUAUUUUAGAUUACAUUAGUUGUACCAGUGAGUAACAUCACAACAUUGACUCUUACUGUAAGCUUCUUCUUUCAGUUUUUGUCAGUUGGUUCGUCAGAUGGGCAUUCCCGUUACAUAUAUAUAUACUGUGGUCGAGCUCUGGAGCUUAUGCUUCAUUUAAAAUAAAUCAUUUUAUUAUUUUUUAAACAAUAAGAGGUGUCAAGUAAAAGUUAAUUUUGAAUUUUUUAACCAUCUUUUGAGAUCAUAUCAAACUUAUUUCCUGGAGGAUGACGCUAGCAGGCUUUUUUAUUUUGAAGUGACUGAUUUAAGUACGCUUUGUUGUGGUAAUGUGUUAAAAGAAAAUCCCCUGCUUUUGAGCAUCGUGCUUAAAAGCACAAAAACGCGCCGAUGAUGCCAAAAUAGGUGUCCUAGAUAUGCAGCUCUCACCGUGUUUAGAGGCAUAGUUUUCUUUUUUCUUUUUUUUUAAUCUUCUCUCAUUUAUUCAAAGUGCCUUAUUUGAACCCGCUGUCGAAGAAAGCAGAAGUGCGAUGAUCACGUGGUCGAUUGUCGUGUUGAUGUGUAGCGCGCGCUGCCCCGUCCUUCAUCAGUACACACGCUGCUCUGAGGGUCUGUCAUGAGCUCUGCUGUCAGAUGAAGAGUGAAUACAUUCAUAACAGAUAUGAUGCAUGAAACCACCAUGACACAGGGCGUCAUGCCAACAAUGAACCAAAGUGUGAAGAUUUGUCAGAUAUCGUAUCAGGAGGACCGUAUUCCUCUGAUGGUGCUCUACAUUGUGGUUUUUAUCAUCGGCCUGCCAGCCAACUUGGUCACCGUCUACCUCACCCUCCACCAGGUGUGUCGUAAGAACGUCCUCGGCAUCUACCUGCUCAGCCUGUCCCUGUGCGAUCUCACGUACCUCUUCACGCUGCCCAUGUGGACGGUGUAUGUCAGUAGAGACCACGAGUGGCCCUGGAGCUCCAUGGCCUGCAAAGUGACCGGCUUUGUGUUCUUCAACAACAUGUACAUCAGCAUCUUCCUGCUCUGCUGCGUGUCUAUCGACCGCUAUGUGGCUGUGGUCUAUGCGAUAGAAUCUCGCGGUCUCCGCCAGAAGCGAAUUGCAGCUCUUGUAGCGUUUUCUAUCUACAUGGUAGUGGGCUUGAGUCACAUGCCCGUCUUCAUCAUGCGUGAAGGGGAAGUUGCCGAAAAGAGUCGCCGCUGUUUCGAGCCCAGCCACAGCUCAGAGUUGGUUAUGGCAUUCAACUACGCUCGGGUUUGCAUAGGCUUUUUUAUCCCCCUCGCAAUCCUGAUCUUCACCAACAGGGCAAUACUUGCAAACGUGCAGGCAAGCACGGGCCUCCAGCCCCAUCAGAAAGAAAAGGUGCGCUACCUGGCUGUGGCGGUGGUGGCGCUGUUUUUGAUCUGUUUUGCGCCGUACCACAUUAUAUUGCUCGUGCGCGCCAUCACCUUCCACUUCCCCCAGCUGCGGGAGCAGUGUCACUUUGAAAAGCACAUCUACACGCCCUACAAAAUCUCUUUGGGACUGUCAACUUUCAACAGCGCCAUCAACCCCAUUCUUUACGUGCUCUCCAGCAACAAUAUCCGUCAGGAGAUCAGGAGAGGCAUGGCGUCGCUGUGUAACAGAGUCAACUCAAGUCAGCACUCGACACACAGUAGCCAGCACAACAUGCACAGCUCCAAAAGCAAUUCAGACCCUGUCCCAGCAAAGGGCAAUGAAAUGAGAACUUGUUCCAUGCCAUGCUGAAAUUGUAGAAGCAUUGGAUAUUUUUUGCUUGACGUUGGACCUUAAAGGUGACCUAUAAUGCCCCUUUUACAAGAUGUAAUAUAAGUCUCUGGUGUGUCCAGAAUGUGUCUGUGAAGUUUCAGCUCAAAAUACCCCACAGAUCAUUUAUUAUAGCUUGUCAAAUUUGCCCCUAAUUGGGUGUGAGCAAAAACAUGCCGUUUUUGUGUGUGUCCUUUUAAAUGCAAAUGAGCUGCUGCUCCCGGCCCCCUUUCCAGAAGAGGGCGGAGCUUUAACAGCUCACGCUUUGGUUGCUCAACAACAACAAAGCUGGAGAAUCUCACGCAGCCAAAAUGAGGAUUGUCAGUAACGGUGUUCAGCCUUACAUUGUUCAAACCGGAGUCGACACUGAUGGAGAGACUCAGGAAGAAGUUACAACUUUUAGAAUGAAACUGGACGUUUCUGAAUGGUUAGUGGAUAAAUUUAUGUAGUUGCUGUGGAGUUGAUUCAACUCAUCGACUAGCAUGUGUCGUCAUGUUAAUCUUUUGUGCAAAUCCAGCGUUGAAUUGACCCUCGUUUUUGAAGCAGUCCGGUGUAAAAUGACGGCAGGGUAACAACACUCUACUACAACCAGGGUUGCCAGGUUUUCACAAAAAAUCCGCCCAAUUGCUACUCAAGACUAGCCCAAAACUAGCCCAAUCGCGUUUUAAGGGGGAUCCCCCAGUAAAAAUUGCAGGGGCUAAAUAUGUUAUUUGGGGUCGCUUCAACCUGUGGACAUGAAAAUCAACCCGUGGACAUGAAAAUCAACCUGUGGCAACAGUGAUAAAGUAGCCCAAUUCCGCGGGAAAACCGAGGACUUGGCAACACUGACUACAACAACUCUUCCUCUUCGCUAAAGCAGCCCAACAUGGCCUCACCCCCUUUGUUGUGAGUUUUCGGGGACGGGGUUUAUGUAAAUUCUGGGGUUUGUGAUGUCACUAACCCUGGAAGAAGCUCAUUGUAGUCCCUACCAGCCGUUUGUUGUAGAAAAGCGAUUUCUGUAAAAGAAAAUAUCUCCCUUUGCAUUGAACUUUAAGAGUCGUAUCUUUGCAGAUGUUGUUUAUGAUCAAACAGCAACAUUGCACACUAACUAAAGUUAAAAAAGUGAAAUCGUAAUCAACCACCCCUUGAAGUACAAACCCGGGAUGGGAAAAAGUCAAGGUGCAGAUUUGUUUGUUUUGUAAAUCCAAUGAGAACAAGGUGUAUCACAAAAAUCAGAAGUGAGUUUCCUGUUGUUGGGCUAUAAACGGUGAGAAUCUCACGAUAAGAUCAUCUCUGGGUUUUCACACCUUCUAAUCUCUUCCGUCGUAGAAUAUGUGAUCUGCAGCUUCUGAAAGUCUUGCAGUGGACUCAUCUUGAGCAUAUUUCUCCAAAUUGUUGAGAAGCUCAAUAUAGUUUUGCAGAUACACAGGAAGGGGCCUAACUCAAAUUUACAGCGACUCGCCACACUUGGUUUUGUUUUUACAUGGCCUUUAUCUGGAAUCAGUGAUAUCACAAUAAUAACUGAUACUAUAUGUUCACAAAACAAAAUAUUAGCAAAAAAUGUGUAGAAAAUUUUGAGAAUUUCUGCACAUCCAAAUGGUAUGAAUGGCAAUGCAUCUGCAGACAUAAUCUGGAAUAACAUUUAAUUUACCUCAAAAUUAAUGUACCUCAAAACUCUGAAUAUCUUUCAAAGAUUUGAUGCCACAAACAGACAAAUCCAGUGACUGGUUCGUUGUAGCAGCUCAGUACCUUGUAAACAUGACUUCUGAUUCCAAGUGAGUUGGUGAAAAUGUGCAAAUGGAAUCCCAGAAGUUGUAUCAAGCCAGCCAAUCAGAUUAGAGCUUGCUAUUUUGGCAAGUGUUUGCCAUUUUUUUGUGUGUGCAGUAAAGCAUCAAAUGGUCGGUGGAUGGUCUGUAGGAUAAUGUCCAAAACAGACUGUUUCAAACGACAUACAUUAUCACUGUUUUCAUUCUGAAAUAAUUUACUGUAACACAGUACAUGUAAAUGUGUAGGCGUUAAAAGUGCAUGCCUUUUAGUGAUAGCAGUGUUGUUCGUCAAGUACAUGUAUAUAAUUACUUAAAUUAUUGUUUUUUAUAGGAUUUUAUAAUGGAUGUGUUUUGCAUUAUGUUGAAUUUUGUUUGUUUGUUUUCAUGUUUUUUUAACGAAUGUCAAUUUCAAGGACUCGGUACAUAAUCUAUUGUAUUAUUUUUCAAGCUUUUUUAGGUGUAACACUUAUUUUGCUUGAUUUUCCCAUUUGUCCUAUUUUCCCAAGUCUCAUUUGUAAAUUAGACUUUAAUCAUUUGCAGUCAAGCCUUUCUCAUACAGUCACCAGUAAAUUAUGAUGCCCAUUUUUGCACAUAAUGCUAUUCUUUUAAGAAACUGUAAGCUUGAGCAAGAUUACAAGAGCGUAACAUAAUUAUAUCAACUCAGCAUAAACUAGCUAUACUGGAAAAACUGUUCUUAAAAACAAAUGUUUCAUAUGUGUGACAUUCUCAGGACACAAUAAAAAAUAAUUUAAUUGAGUAAUAUGAUAAUUCAGCAUUAAAUAUUGAAAACGG